UUUUGUUUGACUCACGGCACGCACUUCCAGCGUACUGUUUGUCAAAACAAAUAAGACAUUGGAUUAUUUGAGUCUGAUUAUGCAAGAACAACCUGGCGACGCGGGUUGUGGGGCCCGCCUUUUUUCUUCUUAAGCGCGGGCGCGACGGAUGCGGCAAUGGUUACUGGGCUGCUUUGGACCGAAGCGCAAGGACAACACAGAAGAGGCUGAAGGAAGGGCGCCAUGGACCUCCAGCGACGUUGGAGGAGGCGCUUUGGCUCAGGCAGUCAGGCCCAGCGGCUCUGUAGUGGGCCAGGAGAAUGCAACAGAAAUUUUACAAGCAUCACAGCCAGCGGGAAGCGAACCGGCGCCGGCUCCACCGGCGCCUGCUGCGCAACUGGUCCCCAUGAGCUCCUCGCCGGCGCAACCCCACGGCUGGCAUGACGCACAUCACCACCCCCGCGUCAGCCUGGAGUGCGGUGUGGGCCCGGGACCUAAUCCUUGGCCCCGCGGCCCCGAGGGGCGGCCCUCGUCAGGCAGGAUACACAGUGCAGGGCACCCGGGGCACAACAUCCCGGAGCCCCUGCUCGUCCCGCACCCCUCCCCGACCACCGCCCGGGGUGGCCAGGGCAUGGGCCCCGGCAUCAGGCCUGGCGCCGGCAACGGUGCCGGGGGCUCUGCGUCAGGGCCGGCGUUGGCGGCGGCAGCAGCAGCGCCCUCCGCAGCCGUCUCGUCAACGUUUCCCGCAGGCGGGGCCACAGCGGGCAGCGGCACGUUCGCGACGGCGAUCGCGGGCCACGCCAGCCCCAAAGUUUCAAGCGCAAUCGCCAUCACCAGCGCCGCCGCUGGGACCAGCGGCGCCGUCGCGGGGUCAAGCCCGAUCUCGGGCCCCAGGCUGGGGCCAGGCUGGGGCCGCAGUGGGCGGCACGACGGCGCCGCCACUGAGCAGGUCACCUACAGCGCCACAGCCACCGCGGCCGCAGGCACAGUCGCGGCCGUGGCUUCUGUGGCCGCCGCUGGCACCAUCUCCGCGCCCGCGGGUGCGCCCGGCGCGGGCUCCCGCUCCCGCUCCGGCUCCGGCGCCGUGCCGGGCGCUCCCACCACGCUGCGCAUGGCGCUGCGCUCCAGUAUGGACCAUGUGAUGGCGGAGGAGCAGCCCACCGCCGCCGAGCUCCGCGGCGACCUGGCAGCUAGUGGCGGCGGCGGCGGCGGCGGCUGCGGUGGCGGCGGCGGCGGCGGCGGUGGCGGCGGCGGCGACGGGGAGGUGUACGGCGAGGGCGUCAGCAGCGGCCCGCGGCUGAUGCGGGAGGGCCUGUUCGCCUGCGCUUCCGACGGCACGGGCAUGGGCGGCAGCGCGGAAGGCGUGACGCCGGUGGUGGUGCCUGGAGGCAGCCUCAACACCGGCGGCGGCGGUGCCAGUGGCGCCGCUGGUGGCGGCGGCGGCGAUGGCAGCGCCGGCGCUAGCGUCAACAACAGCGGUGCUAUGGUCGUGCACGGCGGCGCCGCCGCAGCCCUGCUGGGCUUCGGCGGUGGCGGGCCCAGCAGCGGCGGGCCCGGCAGCACGGACAGCACCGGCGCCCACGCGAGCGGCGCCAGCGGCCUCGUGGGCGGCCCGGCGCGGCCGCUGGUGACGCGGGUGCUGCGCGGCCGUGCCAGCUUGGAUGCGCUUCUCAUGUUCGGAGCCCUGGUGCGAGCGGCGGACGAGGCGGCGGCGGCGGCGGCGGGGAUGGGCGGCUCGGCGGGCGGCGGCUUGCAAGGCCCGGGCGGGCUGGGGUCGUCGGCCGGCGGCAGCCCAAUGGCUAGCGGCGGCGCGGGGGCUGGUGGCUUUGGGGCGGCUGGUGCUGGUGCUGGUGUGGGCGUGCUGCCCUCGGGUGCUCUGGGCGCGAGGUUGGAGCGCAUUGAGAGCGGCGACCUGCCGCCCGGCGUAGACGACCUGCAUGGAGGCGGCGGCGGAGGCGUGCCGCAUGGCAUUCCCGGAGCUGCUACUGCUUCGGCUGCUGCUGGUGCAGCUGCCGCUGCUACAGCCAGGCAGCAGCAGGAUCGGCAGCGCGGCGGCAGCGGCAGUGGGGCUGGCGGCAGCCUGGCGGGGUAUGGGCUGCCGUCUCUGGCGGUGUCACUGCCGCAGGGUGAGGGGGGCGGCAUGCGGCGUAACAGCGCCGGCAGUAGCGCCGGGAUGGUGGCUGGAGGCUACAACUCGCCGGGCAGCUCAGGGAGAGGCACGAAUGGCUUUACGUUCGCACCGCCGCGGGCAGGCGGAUUUGGAGGUUUGCAGGUGGCCAUGUCGCCUGGCGGCGGCGGCGGCGGCGGCAACAGCAACAGCACGGGUGGCGGCAUGGCUGGGGCGGGCGCCGCGCUCGACCGUACCUCGCUGUCUGAUCAGCAGCUCGCGGCGGCACACGCGCAGCACGACGCCCGUGUGUUCGAGAUGUUCAUGCGGCUGGUGACGCGCACCUCCACCACCGGGGACGCCGACUACGUCAGCGGGGCCAACGCCGCCGACCGCAGUAGCGCCGGCACCGGGCUGGGCCUAGGCACAGGCGGCCUCUUCAUGGCAACAGGCGGCGCCGCCGCCGGCGGCGGAAACAGUGGUGGCCGGCGCGGUUCCCCGAUGAUCUCGGGCGCUGCCGCGGCGCACGCCGCCGCCGCGGCGGCGGGGGCGGGCGGCGGCGGCGCCAUCGGCGCCAGUGCGCCGUUGCUGCAGCUGGGGCCUGAUUUCAACAGCUUGCUGUUGCCGUCGCCGGGCCGGCGGAGGAGCCAUGACAGCUUCGCCACGCCGGGCAGUACGGCGGUGGCGGCGGCGGCGGCCGUUGCCGCCGCCAACAUCAUUCUGGCCUCAUCCGGGGAGGUUGCAGUGAGCAGCGACGCCAGCGGCAACGCCGCCGCACGCAUGCACCCGGCGGCGGCGAUCGCCGGCGGCGGCGGCGGCGGCGGCGGCACCAUCUCUGAGCGCCUGUGGUAUCAGGUGCCGUUGGCGCUUGCGCCGUCGCCGCAGGCGACCAGCACCGGCGUUGGGGAGGCAGCUGCACGGGGUGGCGGCGGCGGCGGAGCCGGCGGCGGCGGCAGCUCUCGGUACUUGAGCAACCGCUGGGAUUCCGGGCUGGGCGGGCUCUUGAUGAUGGGCGCUGUGUCCAGGCAGCUGUCAGGGAUGGCGGGUGGAGCCAGUGUGGGCAGCGCCGGACCCAACUCGCUGCUGCGGAUGCCCACUGGCAGCGGCAGCAUCCGGGACGUGCUGACGAAACUCCAUCUGCAGCAGCACUCGCCGGGGGCAGCGGCGUACGCGGCCGAGCGCGUGGCCCGCACCAGCGGCUCCGGGAGCUGCUGGUCCGCGCACACCGGCCUGGCCUCACUGUUCGACGCGCACCUCACCGCCGCGCUGCGCAACAAUUCGGCCGUGCGCACCUUCAAACGGGCCGUCGGCGGCAUCAGCACGGGCGCGCCCUCCGGCGCCGCCGCCGGCGCCGCCGGCCACGGCGGCAGCGGCACCGGUUACAACAGCCGCCGUACCACGUUUGAGACGUUGCUGACGAGCCAGCUGACGUCGAAGCUUAGCGCCAUCGUGGCAAGCGGCGGUGGCGGCGGCGGCGGUGCUGGCGGCGGUGGCGGCGCGGUUGGUACGGGUGGCGGUGGCGGCGGCGCACAGGGCAGCGAGGAGACGGAGGGCGCUAUGCUGCGCGCCAUGCCUGACUCGCUGUUCACUCAGUCAAGCGCCAGCAGCCUGUUCAACCCCGUCACGGCGGGCGCCGUCACCACCGGCGCCAGCACCAUUGGCGGCGCCGCCGCCGGCGCCGGCGCCGCCGGCGUCAGCGCGCUUGGAGCUGCCGCCGCGGCCGCGGCCGCGGCUGCCGCGAGGCGCGGCUCGGACACGGGGGCGCACAGGGGCGCUGCGGCAACAGGCGGCGGCGCCAGCGCGGGGAGCAGUGUGAUGCUGCAGUCGACGGCGGCGGUGCCGCUGCCGCUGAGGUUCGGCCACAUGCGGUCGGACAUGUCUGGCGUCAGCACCAUUCCUAGCGGCGGCGGCGCGGGGCUGCAGCCGCCGCAGCUGCGUUUGGGCUCCGUGGGCUCCGCCGGUGGCCCGCCUCCCAUCCCGCACUGGGGCGGCAACAACCAGCGGGCGUCGCUGACGGGGCGAGACAGGACGGCGGCGGCGGCAGCGGCGGCGGCAAUGGUGGCGGCGGCUGCGGCGGCUGCGGCUACGGCUGCAGCCAACGCCGACAGCGGCAGGCCCAGCAAGCAGGACCAGAUCCGCUGGUUCGUGGAACAGCAGGUGCAGCAGCAACAGCAGCUGAAGAAGCAGCAGCAGCUCGAGGCGGCGCAGCGGCAGCAGCAGCAGCACCAGCAGCAACAACAGCAGCAACAACUUAGCGCCGCAGCCCCAGGGACAAGCGCCGCCGCUGCUGCCGCCCACCCGGUGCCGCUAGCUACACCCAUGCGCAGUAGCAGCAUCCACUCGCAGGCCGAGGAGGGAGGCGGCUACAGCCUUAGCCUCGCCCUGAAGAAGCCUUCAUCCUCGUCAUCACUGGCACCACUUGGGGUUGCCGCACCAGCUGCGGGCUUGAGCAGUGGCACGUCGGUCGAGGGGGCGCCGCAAGCGAUGCCGCCGCAAUCAGCGACCGCCACCGCCGCCACCGACAUCUCCCUCGGCGCUGCUUGGGCCGCGUCCGCGCAGGACGGCGUCACUGCCGGCCCGGGCGGUGUCGGAGCUGCAAGCGGCGGCGGCGGCAGUGCCGGCGGCGCGACCGCGAGCGCCGUCGCUACCAGCAGCAUCCUAGCGCAGCUUGACCUGCCCUGGGCGCGGCCGGCGGCGCCGGCGGUGGCUCCGCCGCCGCCGCCAUCAUAUGGCGCUGCCGAGGCUCCGGCCGCCGCGCUGACGCCGCAUGCCGCGGUGUACUUCCGGCCGCACGUGCCCGCCGGAGAGGCGGCGGCGGAGACUGCGACGCGCGUGGGCGUCGGCAGCAGCGGCCGGCCGUCCAGCACAGAAGCGGUGCGUGUCACUGGCGCCGUGGCGGGCUCAGUGAGCGGGCAGCUGGGCGGACCACUGGGCGGCGGCGAGGGCGCCGGCGGCAGCAGCCGCAUGCUGCCCGCGGUGCAGGAGGCCGCGGGCAUGGACGGCACGCCAGGCGCCGCAGGGGAGGGCGUGGGCGCGCCGCCGUCCUACGUGGCGGCAAGCGACCCGCUCCCAGCGGCGCCGCCAGGCGCCACUGCCGCCGCCGCUGCUGCCGUGGACGCUGCGGGCGGCAGCAGCCCCGACGGUGGCGUGACGGGUGCAGCCGCGGCGGACGCGGCCGCCAGCACGCCCUUGCCUGCGCCCUACACGGCCGCGGCACACCACGCCGCUGCCAUGGGGCACCUGGGCGGAUACGCGCGGGUGCUGCGGGGUCCGCCGCAGGACGCGUACGGCUCCCAGCAGCCAGGCAUGCCGCACCUGCACCCCCAGCACCAGCACCACCACCACCUGGGCGCGGCGGGGAUCCGGAGCGGUGGCGGCGGCGCCGCAGGUGUGCGCUUCCGCCGCGCCUCGGGCGCUAACCCUCUCGGCGCCGGCGCGCUUCGCAGCGACGGCGCGGCUUUCGCGCAUGCGCCUGGAGCCGGCGCGGGCGCCCUCCCAAGCGGCGGCGGCGGUGCUGGGCGAGGGUACAACCCGUACAUUUCCGCGGCGUUCGCGGCGGCGGCCGCUAGCGGCGCCCACGGUGGCGCCAUCCAGCGCACCCUCAGCGCCAGCGUUGACUUCAGCCACUACAGCUGGGACGAGUGGGGGCCGCGCGGCGGCGGCGGGGACCACCUGACCUUCACAAACCCCAACAGCGUGUAUGGGGGCCUGUUGGGCACACGCGAGGACCUGGGCUGAGGCUGAUGGCUGUAGGGGGGCAACUUGCCGCUGUGCAGGGUCUCUGGCAGGUUGCAAGAACGCCUUGACUAACCUCGUCGCGAUGCGGGGUGCUCCGUGGCGCAGGAACGUUGGUGAGGCUGGAGGCACUUUGUGUGGAGGCAUUGUCCAGACAGGCUCAGGAAUGUUGCAGUGCUUGUGUCGCUGUCGUAUAUGAGUACGGCACUGAAUAUACCUUGGGAAUUUCGGGUAAAAUUGUUUGGUGCUACUUGAGGCAAAUAUGUGACGCUGUCCAUGAGGAGCGGCGGCUACUGCUGUGAAAUGGAACCAAAGUUUUGCGCUUGGUGAUACUUGGCGGGCCUUGGCUGAGGGCCCGGAGAAGCAGAGGCAUGUUUGCUGCUAGGAACGAGACAGAGCCUGUGUCUGCCGCCGAUGCUAAGUCAGCACCGGCACAGGAAGUUCCGUGGGCGGACAGAAAGUAUCAUGGGCGGCAGGCACAGGGGCCAAGUGGGCCCCAGAGUGGAAGUUGGCACACAUACGCAUGCCUUAUCACCGCUAGCCGGUAACAAAAGAGCCAAUCAACGAUGUUGCUGCAAGCUCUUAUCAAAGCGGCCGUGUGUACUUUGCACGAGUACAGGCGGCGGACAGGGCGGAUGCCGGGGGCAAAUGACAUAUGUGACAAUGGCAAUAUUGUAGCGGCGGGGUUCGGGGCGGACGUCGGGACAUGUGGGGAGGGACGGAGCGGCGCGUGGAACACAGGGGCCCGUCAACCCAGCGUGUACACGGGUGCCCGCGUGUUUGGAUCCAUGUUGGAGGUACUGUUCUGUCUUGUGCCUGUCCCGGUAUUGAGAACAAGUGGGAUUGCAAGUAUUCUUUCCAGAAUUGCUAUCAGCGCAUGUGUGUGCUACUGCGCGUACGUGUGCUGCAAAAAUAUGCGGAAUGGCAUGGAGUCAGGGCAAGGGUGGCACCCCUGUGUCAGGGUGCCGUGUGAACAAGCGUUUGCACACCUGGUGCGGGUUCGUGCGCGUCUGGACCGAACGAGCCCAGGCACCGUUAUGGCGUGCCAGGGGAAGUGUUUGGCGUGCGUUUGGGGGGUGGGGGUAUGAGGCACGUUUUGCUCCGGCGCCGUGGCAUCCGCAAGUGCUGCAAGUAUGUUCAGGGCCUCUGCUGCCCCUGCUACUUAAAGGAGUGGCGCCGUAAGCGUUGAAGGAGUUAAGCAGCUUGGCGGAAGGGAGGAAGCUGAAAGGGGUCGGCGGCAGGAACAGGAAAUUUCGUGGGCGGAACGCAGUCGAUGGGGUUGAGGCCUGUUGCCUGAGAGCUCCGCCUCGGCCACAGACCACGCGAGCUUGAGUGCACUUGCCUAAGGUUGUCGAGCAUUGAGAUCGAGUAAACUGCAGUGCGAGACGCACGGCUAUUGCAUAGAAACGUCGGGGUGCCGGAGCGGUAUGUGUUGUCAACUCGGGUCUUUCAACGAACGAGAGAUGAGACGGAGGCGCCGUUGCCGCGCUCUCCAAGCAGGCUUUGGCGCUGUCGACUGUGGCGCCUAUAUCUGCUUCGGUCCCGGCACAGAAAGUUGCGUGGGCGGCACGCACUCCAAUGCAGGGUGUUACGUGGCUAUGGGGCUCUGGCGUGGGGCUUACACUCGGGCUUACUAUCUAAGGCUUGGCUGGGACUCAUGUGUGUAGAACUGGUCAGAUAGAUCGACAGACAAUACGGGCGAGGACUGUGGUUUCUCUUUGGGCUGUAGAUGGUCCCUCAUUGGACGGUCCCUUCCUGAGUUCCUGUAAGGUCGCACUGAUGGUGGCCGUUUGAAACGGUAUCACAUGGAGCAGUGGUUGCACAUGCUGACGCCAGCUAGCAGGUAUUGGACACGGCCGGUGCCAUGUGUUUGGCCAGGACCGUCGGACCACGUGGACAGUUGAAAGAACAGGCGUA